UUUGCUUUACCCGUUAUUCAUGGAUUUUAUGGUGAAGUCCUCCAUUGUAUAAAUGGACAUCAGUUCAAAUUGUCGCUGAUAUCGAGGCGAAGCAAGUAUAGGGCUGGCGUGCGUUUUUACAAGCGCGGAGUGAGUUCAGAUGGGCAUCCCGCUAACUUUGUGGAAACUGAGCAAAUUGUCGAGACGAUCUCCGGUGGAGGCCGUCGAUUGACGUCUUUCCUGCAGAUGCGAGGAUCCAUCCCGCUUCUUUGGUCCCAAAAACCGAAUCUGAAAUGGCAACCGAUGCCCACAAUGAGGGCCAGUGAUGAUCAGUUGACUGCUUAUGUGCGACAUUUCGAAAAUCAAAAGAAAAACUAUGGCGGCGUUCAUGUUAUCGUCAAUCUUGUAAAUCAAGUUGGAAGAGAAAGAAAACUCGGUAGCGAACUAGAAAGAAUUGUACAGCAAGCUAAUCUCAGCUAUGUUAGGUAUAAUCCAUUCGACUUCCAUAAGGAAUGUCAUGCUAUGCAAUGGCAUAGAUUGUCUUUGCUAAGGGAUCAGCUACGACAAGAAAUUACUCAAUUUGGGUUUUUCGCCGCAUCUGAUGUUUUGGCUGAAGCUGACUUUACUCAGAGAUAUCAAACAGGUUUCUUUAGAACAAACUGUAUGGAUUGCUUAGAUCGGACUAAUGUUGUACAAGCGUUGAUCGCACGGGAGUCUUUAACUGACCAGCUAUAUUACUUAGGUAUAUUAAAUACCGGCCAAAGAGUAGAAACCUGUGAAGAUCUUGAAACUUCAUUCAAGCAUAUCUGGGCGGAUAACGGAGACGAGUGUAGCCGACAAUAUGCGGGAACUGGAGCACUGAAGGCUGAUUUUACUCGACUUGGGAAGCGAACUUACACUGGUGCCAUAAAUGAUGGGAUUAAUGCCAUAACUCGAUAUUUUCGCAAUAACUUUGCGGAUGGGUACAGACAAGAUGCCAUGGAUGUUUUCUUGGGAAACUAUACGUUGAUAAUUUGCCGUCUAGCUUGGAAGCUGCAUUGAUA